GACCUAGAUAAUGUUGUGCGUCAGUUCACGGCAUACGUCGGUUAGUUCAAGUCGUGAUUACUUUAUAGGUACUCCAAUAAUAAAGAUUAUUGGAAGAGAGUGAAAUUGAUAAUAUUUUAACAGGCGUCAAAAGUAUCAUCAGACAUCAGAAUUACGUAAAAAUGGAUUGCAUAAGCGGUUGGUGUAGAAGCAAGCGGCGUCUACUCGGCUCUACGGCCAUCGUCACGGGCUGCAAUACCGGCAUUGGCAAGGAGACUGCGGCUGACCUGUACGCCAGAGGAGCGCGCGUCAUAAUGGCAUGCCGAGACACUAAUAAGGCGGAAGCGGCUAAAACCGACAUAGAAAACGAAAUUGAUAAAACCGAAAUCAGAGGAGUUUUGGUAGUGGAAAAACUAGACGUAUCUAGUCUGAAAUCAGUUCGUGAAUUUGUAUCCAAAAUGUUGGAGACUGAGUCCCAGAUACAUAUAUUAAUAAACAACGCGGGUGUCAUGAUGUGCCCUGAAUCUAAAACUGAGGAUGGCUUCGAGACUCACAUCGGCACCAAUCACUUUGGACACGCCCUACUGACGCUGUUACUGCUACCAAGGAUGAUCAAAUCAGCUCCUUCGAGGGUAGUAUUUGUAUCAUCUAAGCUACAUCAAUCCCACAAACUGGACUUGGAUGAUCUUAAUUUUGAAAAAUCUGAGUAUAACGCUAAUGUAGCAUAUUGUAGAAGUAAGGCUGCGAAUGUGCUCUUUGCCAAAGCACUGGAUAUGAAAUUGAAGGAACAAAACAUAAAAUAUGUAACAACCUACAGUCUACACCCAGGAGUAAUAAAGACUGACAUCAGCAGACACUUUGACAAAACCGUAGCGCGUGGCGCUACAUGGGCGUUCAACAACGCUGGACUGUUCUUGAAGUCGCCGAAAUGUGGCGCACAGACUUCGAUAUACUGCGCUGUUGAUGAAGCUUGUUCUGUAGAAAGUGGCCUCUAUUAUAGUGAUUGUGAGGUGAAACGUCCAUCAAAACAAUGUCAAGAUGAAGAAUUUGCAAUUAAAUUCUGGGACAAGACUAUCGAAUCUCUGAACUUAAAGAACUAUAAUGCUUUCGGAGAUUCUGAUCCGCCAAAAGAUUUGCUCGCUUAAUUUAUAUUAUUGAAUUUACAUCUAUUUAUGUCUAUUUAUAAUUGAAUCCUCAAAGUGAAUAAGCACAGUGUGAUGCAAAUAAUCAGUUAUAUUUUGAUUUUUUGUAUGUUUAAGUAGAGACUAUAUAUAGUAUUAAAAAUAAUGAAUGUUAAAGAUAAAUAGUAGGAUUUGUUGUCUUUUGUCAUUUAUUUACAAGUAAUGACAAGUAUACAACUCACAAAACCGUAUACAUAAAAUAUAUUACUUAGGCAUACCCUAUCUACUCGGGUGAAGAUUAACGCAACUGGUGGAUAGAGUAGAAAGGCUAUUUUUUCUCAAUACUGUAAAUGUAAAAUAUACCCUCAUUGAUCGGAUAUUUUUAUUUUAUUAUUAUUAUAAAUAUGAAAGUGAGUUUAUUUAUUAGCUUUCAGUACAUUUAUGGCUUCAACUUUAAUUUGGCUUACACGUAAUAUUUUAGGUGGAGAAGGGUAUAGGCUAUUUUCCCAGUCAUUAAACUAGAAACUAAUUCAUUAUUUGGUUGAUGGAAUAGUAAACACGCAGAUUAAAUCCUAACUGAAAAUAUAGGAUAUUUUAUAUAUAGAUACUGAUAAAGGCUCGGGUAAAGUCGCAGGAAACAGCUAGUAAAAUAUAUAAUUAUGUUGAGAGUGUAGAAACAUUUUAGCACGAGUUGAUCACAACGUGUCAAUAUAGUUAUCACUGUUUAAAUGUUGCUUUUAUACAAAAUUUUAUGUGUUAAUAUAUAAUAUAGGUGGUAUGUACCCAAGCGUUGCCUAUUAUUUAUAAUAAAAAUAUGCACUUACA